AUGUCCAAACCAAAGGUUCUAGUAUUAGGAGGUUGUGGUUUUAUAGGUCGCAAUUUAGUCUCCUAUUUAGUGAAUGAAAACCUAGUUAGUCUAUUAAGAAUUGUAGAUAAAGUGCCUCCACAAGUGGCCUGGCUCAAUACUAUACAUGGAGAAGCUUUCAAUAAUAGUUUAGUUGAUUUCAAAAGUGCAAAUUUGAUUAACCCUGAAUCUUGUAAAAAUGCCUUUCAAACUUCUGAUGGUUCAACUUGGGAUAUUGUGGUGAACUGUGCUGGGGAAACAAAGUCUGGUCAAACAGACCCAGUAUACAAUGAGGGAAUUUUGAAAUUAAGCUUGAAUUGUGCUAAUGAAGCAGCCCUUCAGCAAGUGAAGCAUUAUGUAGAACUGUCUUCUGGCAAUAUGUAUUCUUCUGAAAAAUUGCCACACAAAGAAGAUGGCCCAGUAGAUCCUUGGACUUAUGUGGCCAAAUGGAAGAGACAGGUGGAGAAGAAAUUGGCAGAAAUGUCAGAGUUAUGCUACACAAUUCUCAGAUUGCCUAAGGUCUAUGGUCUGGGUGAUAGAACAGGCCUAAUGCCAAGGAUAAUGGCUGCUGCUAUCUACAAACAUAUGGGUGAAACCAUGAAACUUCUGUGGAAUUCUGACAUGAAAAUCAAUACUGUUCAUGUAGAUGAUGUUUGCAGAGCUAUUUGGUUUGUUGCAAUUAGAGAUGAUACAAAUGGACAGAUAUACAACGUGGUUGAUGACGCUGACUCCACUCAGGGCACCAUCUCCUGCCUCCUGGAGGAGAUAUUCAACGUCAAAAUCGACUACUACGGCAACUUGAUUUCCGCCGUGGUCGAUUUAACUGGCGCCGCUGACGACGCCAACGACAAACACCUGGCGCCAUGGGCGGCCGCCUGUCGAACCGACGCCAUCUUGAAUACCCCUCUUUCCCCCCACAUGGACGGGGAAUCCUUGUUGCACAAACAUUUGAGGCUUGACGGGGGAAAACUGAGGGGGUUGGGGUUCGAUUUGACAGUGCCCCAACCGACAGUUCACAAUUUGAAGGUCGUUCUAGAUGAUUUUGUGGGGAUGCGGAUUUUUCCUAGUUCCUUGAUUCCUUAGGCUUGUUUCUUAUCUUCCAGGUUUUCUGACAAUGUACUGUGCAGAUGCCGCUAAAUCACUGUUACAAUCCUCCAGAUCUUCAUUUGAAGUCAUAAAGGUCAUAGGAACACUUGUAAUGCAAAUAAUUAAUAUGUUUGGAUCGAAAUUCGGGUUCAUCCAUGGAAACACGGUGUUCAAAUCCAAUAUUUCACGAGAAUUUCGGACAAAUAUCUAUCGUUAGGAAAGUUUCAUUCAACGUGGUUUCAAAACUAAUAAAGUGUCGUAAUUCCAUUGAAAGGAAACAGUGGAAAUGAGCAGAGUAAGCGGUUUCUACCGACUACGCCAAGGUCAAACACCUGUUGCACCGACGCCAUCUUGAAUACCCCUCUUUCUCCCGACAUGAACGGGGAAUCCUUGUUGCACAAACAUUUGAGGCUUGACGAGGAUAAACUGAGGGGGUUGGGGUUCGAUUUGACAGUACUCCAACCGACUGUCCACAAUUUGAAGGUCGUUCUAGAUGAUUUUGUGGGGAUGCGGAUUUUUCUUCCUUCCUUUAUUCCUUAGACUUGUUUCUUAUCUCACUUGUAAUGCAAAAAAUCAAUAUGUUUGGAUUAAAAUUCGAGUUCAUCCAUGGAAACACGGUGUUCAAAUCCAAUAUUUCACAAGAAUUUCGGCCACAUACCCAUCGUUAGGAAAGUUUCAUUUAACGUGGUUUCAAAACUAAUACAUUGACGUAAUUCCAUCCAAAGCAAACAGUGGAAUUGAGCAGAGUAAGCGGUUCCUACCGACUACGCCAAGGUCAAACACCUGUUGCACCGACGCCAUCUUGAAUACCCUCCUCUCUCCUCCACAUGGACGGGGAAUCCUUGUUGCACAAACAUUUGAGGCUCCAUGGGGGCAAACUGAGAAGGUUUGGGUUCGAUUUGACAGUUCCCUGACCGACUAUUGUCAAUUUGAAGGUUAUUUUGUAUGAUUUUGUGGGGAUGCGGAUUUUUCCUAAUGCCUUCAUUCCUUAGGCUUGUUUCUCAUUUUCUUCUAGGUUUUCUGACAGUUUACUGUGCAGAUGCCGAUAAAUCACUGUUAAAAUCCUCCAGAUCAUUCAUUUGAAUACAAGAACGUCAUAGGAACAACGUCAUAUCAACAUCUUUGGAUCAAAAUUUGAGUUCACCCAAAGAAACAUGGUGUUCAUUUCCGUUAUUUCAUUAGAAUUACAUCCGAAUAUCCAUCGUUACAAUGCGUUUUCAAAACUGAUGUAUUUUCUUGAAUCCACGCAAAUUAAACAAUGAAAUUGAGCAGAGUAAGCUGUUCCUACAGACUACGCCAAGGUCAAAUACCUGUUGCAUCGACGCCAUUUCCUCUCAAAUCGCUAUUGCACAUUGAAUGGUCGAAAUAUUGCCUCAAAAUUUGUAUCUUGUAUCAUAAAAUGUGCUAAUUAAUUGACAAAAGACGAGUUCUCGUUACACAAGUUUGUAAAUUGUGUAUCUUCCUGUAAAUUGUAUACACAUACCGUGAACAAUUUUGAAAAAAGGAAGUGGUUUCACCACAAUACUUACUCAGCUUGUUCUGUGUUAUUGCAGGGUGUAUAAUAUGGUGUGAGUGUUCGGUAUAUUUCAAAAAUAUUAGAUUUUUGAAUGUUUUAUUUCACUAAUGAAUUAUGGCAAUUUAUAAAUUUAUUUAUAAUAAUUCAUUUAGUAAACUACCGUUAGCCUUAUAACCAUGACAAUAAAAUUAUUAUGAAUAUUGCUUACACCAUAUCUUAGGACAUUCUUUCAUUUAGUAUCUACUUACUUAUAUACUUGUGUCAGAUUCAGAAUGUUGUACUGUUAUGUACUGAAUUCAUCAGAUUUUUGUAAAGAAAAGUUACUGGAAAAUUAGGUAACCAUUUUUGCAAGUGUUUUUCUGAUUGAAUAGGAUGAAGAUGAGCAAAUCUGCCGAUAUUUAUGUCCAAAAUUUUGAAGCUACAGUAAUAGAACAAAAACCCUAAACAAAUUAUAUUAUAAUUAGUUAUCUCCAUUUUAUGAAGUUAAUUGUUGAAAAAAUUAAUUGGAGCUUGAAACUCUGUGAUAUAAAUGUGGUUUUCAUGCACAAGGGGAUUUCUCCGAGUCUAACUGCUGUGUUAUUUACUUUUCCAAGUUAAUUUACAGUUAACUUCUCUGGAAUGUACUUAGAUACUGUUUUAUUUAGAUCCCCAAAUGUACUUAAUAUUGAAAUAAAAUGUACGUACAAUGUUCUAUUGACAUCCCGAGUUUUUUAAAAUAGAAUAAAGCCGAUCAAAUUAUCUUCUAUAUUUCUUUGAAUUAAGUUUUGAAAAAACUUGUUAGUAGGAAGUCCCAUAAUGAUUAUUUUUUUAAUGGUGUGGCUAUGAGUGACCUAUUUUUGUAUAACUAUUUGUUACCUAGUAUUAAAAAAUAUACAGGGUUUUUCCAUGUUUUUGGUAGACAAAAUUACCUACUAUUGUGCAAUUAUACAUUAUUGAUUUUAGCUUUACAGUUAUUUUCUAUGUAGUCACAACUAUUUCAAAUUCUUAUUACAAUAUUCUUAUAAUUAAGUGAUAACUACAUUCCAAUUUAAGUUUGUCAAAUUGUUAUAUAGUAACCAACGAACUGAAUGUGGAUAUGAAAUUGCUCAAUUUAUUUUGAGGUCCUUAAAGGGCCCCUUUUUAGUCUUUUACUAUGAAUCGUUAAUCAAGUUGUUGAUUCCUAUUAUAAAUACUAUUAUAUCUGUACUGG